AUGCCGCCGUCGCAAGAAGACGAUUUGCAGGACAUUGCUGUGGAUGAUGCACUCUUUGCUGGUGAGCAUGAUGCCGUGGCAACAGCUGAAGAGAGCUUGGUGCCGGAUCUGCCCGGGACUCCAGCAGCAGCCACGACAAGCCGCAGCGAUCGCCAUUCCCGCUCCCUGCGGACACGGCGUGACCCUCAGCCACCUGCAGCGGUGCCCCCUCACCUUCCUGGUCCAGCAUGGGAAGGAGCAACGGCUGUUGAUGCUUCCACCCAAACCGAAUCGCGAAAUCUCCGGCAUCGCUGCAAACGAUCGAUGUCUGCUUCAUGCCAGCUACUGCGGCAGUACAGUGUCAAAGAAAGACUUGCGAUUGCUUUCUUGUGUGUUAUACCCUUGAUACUGGCCAUCGUUGUGCUUUCGAUGUCUAUGUUUUUCGUUGGGCAGUGGAUGCCGGAAGGGCCGUCAUCGCAGCCUGCAGCUACCACCACAUCGUCAUACACAUUCAGCCCAACGAACGAAGAUGGCUUGGUCUCGGAAAACAACUUGACCUACUGGUGCACAGAAGGCGUGCUGGCGGACGACAUGCAGUGUCGUGACGAGUGCCCAGCAGGAUCUGUGGCCGUGGAAGAUACAGAGAUGCUUGCGCAGGGCGUCAAGGUGCGCACUUGUUCAUCAACGAUUACCACGGACAUUGAGAGCAUCGUGCAGCCCAUGAUAAUGGCAACCAGCCCUCUGCCCGGUGAGACAAUGGUGCCUUGCACAGCCAGGCUAAUGCUCAUUUUCAACACUGAGGUACAACCUGGCUUAAGCAGCGCCUGUGUGAGACUCCUUCCACGAAGCACUGACUCGGCAGAACCUGUAAUCAUACCCGUCUCCUCCGCAGUUUUUGCACACCACUCUGUGCAGUUGAUGCCCCCCACCAUCCUCAGACCGGGCACCACCUACGACGUCAUUACUGACGCAUUCAGCUUUAUGGACUCCUCGCAGAGGGAUGCGCUCCCGCUUCCCUUCAGCUUCACCACCGCCCCGGCCGCCAGCCUCAACAUGGUUUCCAUGAACGUCACUUUGGGUGGCCUGAGCUAUGCCAAACUCAUGUCAUUGCCCAUGGAAGCUGAAAAGGUUCGGCAAUUGCUUGCCCAGGAAGUGGCAGCCUUCUCCGGCGUCUCAGUCAGUGAUGUGCGCAUUCAGUUAAAGCCAGGCUCCGUCGUCGGUGAGUCUCGGAUCGUCUUCAACACCCGCAACUCAAGCGAGGCAACCCGCAGCAUCUUGCAGACCGGGCGCUCUGAGCUCGCCGGCAGCAUUGUCACCCGACUGCAGGACGAGGACCUCGCGGCAGUGACGGAGCCAGGGCGCAGUUUGCAGGCGGAGCUGCAGAUCCCUGAUCAGGAAAGCUUUGUCUUUGGAGUUCCAGAGGUCUUGGCCGUGUACCCUGAGAUGGCCAUGGAUCUGGAGUUUGCAAGCACCAACACGUCGUUGCCGAUCGAUUCUGAAGUGAGGCUUCAGUUUAGCGAGCCCAUUCAGAUUGGAGGGCCAGAGCGGGUGAAGGCACACGCCAGCAACAGCACCGUUCUCCUGAAACUCUUGGAAAUCCGUGGAGCUGUGGUGCGUUUGCAGCUCCCAGGCACCUCUAUGAAACCCGGAGCAAUUUAUCGCCUCGUCGUGGAAGAGGGGGCAUUUCUGAGUUUGACAGGAGCGAACUGCACAGGCGAGAUUCGUUACUUCCAGAGCCAGGGUCCACAGGAAGGCAUGUGGAACUGCAGAGCAGCUGCGGAGUGUGAGAUCGGGCUGCUUGGCGACAUCCCGACUGACAGCCUCGUAGGAUCCAGCCCUCUGGGUGGCUGCGCCGCCAAAGCUGCGGGGCAUCCCUCCUUUCAGGGUCCUUUCCAAGUGGCGUGGGCCGUGGUGAAUGUUACGAACUCCUCGUUCCUCGGCCCUCCAGCAUCUUCCGAACAGCAAGGCCCCUGGGAGUACUCGCUGUGCUGGAGGCCAAGCACGGAUGCUACCUUUGCAGUGCCGUUCGGCACUUUGGUCGUGGACGGCCCUUCGGUCGCCGGUUCAGAUGUCGAUUGCUCUCUGGGGGCGGAUUGUAUCCUGGACAUUCCAGGCUCUGCUCACGAGGACUCUCUGGCGAUCCACCGUGGAGAUUGCGAUGGUGAUGUUCUUCUACAGGCGGUCAGCUCGGAGAACAGAUCGUUGAAGAACGGCUUGCUGCAGCUGGGCACCGACGCCGUUGAUGCCCUGCUUGCCGUUUGUUGGUCGCCACGGCUCAUGCACGAGCCGCCCCUGGUCUAUGUCGGAGAGCUCAUGGUUUCAGGGCCCUUCGGGCUUCAGAGUGAGGGCUUAGCCCCUGCACCUUCGAAGCCCUUCGACUUGACAGUUGUGGGGCUGGGUAUGCCCAUCUCCGCCACAAUCCGCCUUUACCACAACUCCUCGUGCAGUAUUCCGUCAGUGGACGCCAACAGGCAGCUUGAGUUCCGAAUCUCCCAGACAGGCUUUUCGGGCAGCCGGGAAACAUCGCAGAGAUGGCAGAUCCCGGCACUGGACCCUGGGAUCUAUUGGGUCUGCUGGUGCCAUGCGCGCAGUUGCAACGACCCCGUGGCUGUGGGAAGCUUCGAGGUGCAUGUUACCGUCUGUGGCGAUGGAGUACGCGAGGCCUUCGAAGAGUGUGAUGAUGGCAACUCGGAGCAGGAUGACGGAUGCAGCAACUGUUCUAUCGAUGCUGGAUAUGAGUGCUUGCUGCGGCGUGGAGGCGACUUGUGUGGCGAACUCUUCGAUGCUGCACUGACUGCCACCAUGAAGGCAAGGAAGGAUGGUGCUCAGAGACUUGCAGAGGGAUUGUCCUGGUACGUGGAAGCGGAUGCCCUUGACCUAUGCCUUCAGCUCGCAGAGCCCGUUGCACUUAGGGAGAUGAAGCUAACUUUACCACCAAUGUUUCAGAACCAGGAAAUACUCAUCCAACUUGAUCUCGCUGAGCUUGGCCGGUUUCAGACCUUGAUGCUGCUCAGCGUCACAAGUCCGGAUGAAAUAAGUGAUGAGAGUCUUGAAGACUUGCGUGGCUUCGGCCUCAGAUUGCAAACAGCCGAGCCGAUCAUUGCUUGCGAACACAAUCGUUCCAAUGUGUCGAGGUCCAGUGACCUAGCUCCGCAAGUUUGCAACCUGCCCGUGAAAUACCUGCCGGAUACGCACACAAUCUCCAUCGACUUUCCCAUGACUGCUGAACUAGUGGCAUCCCAGGUGAACGUGGCCAUGAACACAUCAUCCUGGUCACAGCUGGGCUUCCAGAAAGUGGAGAUGUUGGCAGCAAAGCUGCCCGCUAUCGCAUGCCCGCUCUUGCAUCGUAACUUCUGUGCCAGCCUCCACCGUCCCAGUCGAUGCUUUGCCGGUUACACUGCCCUAAACACCUGUGGAGAGUGCCAAGAAGGCUACCAGGGCAUCCUAGCCCCGAGCACGGAGCCUUGUUUGGCGAUUCCUCUUCAAGAGUGCUUGCUGUCGGACUGGGCUGACUGGACACAGUGCUCCAAGACCUGUGGUGUGGGCUGGCACACACGUCAGCGCGAGAUCCUUCAGCACCCUCACUCCAGGGCGGCAGCUUGUCCGAAGACCAUAGAAAGGAGCAAGUGCAGCCUGGAAAGCUGCCCGAUAGUCGCUGAAUUCUGUAUCAACAGCUCAAGCACGCAAGCGUUUGCAAGUGAGUCUCCGAGAGAGCGGCGCUUGCACCAGAAAGAUCGGCGGCUGCGUGAACCGUCGCUGCAGCGGCCCCGAUUUCUGGCCGAUGCUCCCCCCGAGAUUCUGCGGCUUGUUGACCAUUUUGAUGCGAUUCCACAUGUCAGUGUGGCCGAGAGCAGUGAGGAGUCCGAGCAAUCGUGCAGUCUCAGCGCACGCGGAGAGCAAGCAGCCUAUCCGCUCAGCUCCCCGAAUCAGGAGCAGAGGAAGUGUAGAGACGGCUUUUUCGUUGAACAAGCUAUUGUAAAGUGUCGGGACUCUCGAUCUGAUGAUUGCUCUGCUGCAAGUUCACUGGCUGAGUCGCACUGCUUUGUGCACUUAUGCUGUGAGCCGUGUGCAGCCGGCUGCAAGCAUUGCUCGGGGCCGGGAGAGCACGAUUGCUCGCAAUGUCAACGUGGGAAGCUUGUUCUGCAUCACUUCGAUGGCCGAUCCGAGUGCAUCUCCCGGAUGCAGUGCGAAGAGCUCGGGUGCCAUCGACCCUCCAAUGAUGGAAGAUGUGUGCCAGAAGUUAGCAUCGAUUGUGCACAUGUUGCUUUGGCUUUUGGUAGCACGGAAGAGGCCCUUCUGCACCUUGCAGCAGACGAUGCAAGCUGUCCUGGCCCCCAAACGGCUUCAGAUGAGGACUUGCGCCCUGCGGUGUGCACUGAAUUCGCUGCUGCUGUUUGCACGAACAACCCCAGGGAGUUGUGCUACAGGGAUGCUUCAUGCAUGUCCCCGGCACCGCGAAGCAGAGGCUUCGGCUGUGGAGCUGGGGGUCAUUUGCAGUGCCGCUUUUGUGGCUUUGGCGACCAUGAACCCUGUCCCAAGAUGGCCAGCGUCGCAGGCUCGACCUCUCGACGGCUAGCAUCGAAGAAGGCCAGCACUGACAAAUAUGGGUGCAAGCAGCAGCGCAAGGAGCACAAGUACAUGAACCAGCAGGUCACAGAUAAGGCGUUUGCGUCUAUGGGUGCUUCUGCUGCUUUUGAGAUGGCCCGGCCCAAGAUCGUCAACUUUUUGGAAGACCAUCUGGAGCCCGGCCUUUCGGGCGGGCUGGCAAGGGCGCUGAACGGCUCUGUUGGAGCAAAGCUGCAAGAGCAAGCAGAGAUUGCCAGGGGUGCUCUGUCUGCUGGCCUUCUCCAAAAGCUUCGAGUUACUUGGCUGGACUGGACCGGGCCGGUGGUGCUGUUGAGAUCCUGCUGA